AUGUCGAUAGUAGCGUCAGCUUCGUCCGCGGUCGCGUCAGCGACGGCUGCGGCAAAGGCACCACCGCAGGGUGGUGUACUUGAAGGUGUCAAUCCUGUGCAUUUCGAUGCAAAGAACCCGAUCAUCCUUUUCAUUGUUCAGGCAUCAAUCAUCAUAAUCUUCUGUCGCGCUCUUGGCUGGCCCCUCUCGAAGAUCCACCAGCCUCGCGUUAUAUCUGAAAUCAUCGGCGGUAUCCUCCUUGGUCCUUCGGUUUUUGGUCGCAUCCCAGGCUUCACUGCGGCGAUUUUCCCUGCGCAGUCUAUGACCAACCUGAAUCUCGUCGCCAAUCUCGGUCUGACCUUGUUCCUCUUCAUAAUCGGCUUAGAAGUAGAUUUACGUUUCUUGCUGAGCAACUGGAAAGUGGCCCUCAAUGUCGGUGUCGUCAGCAUGGUCAUUCCCUUUGGAUUGGGAUGCGCCAUUGCAGUUGGACUUUACAACGAGUUCAAAGACGAGCCAGGAAUGGUGGAGAUUGAUUUCGCUAUCUUCAUGCUUUUCAUUGGUGUAGCCAUGGCUAUCACUGCUUUUCCCGUGCUUUGCCGUAUCCUCACUGAGCUUAAGCUUCUGAUGACUCCCGUUGGUGUCAUUGUACUUUCAGCCGGAGUUGGCAACGACGUUGUAGGCUGGAUUCUGCUUGCGCUCUGCGUCGCUCUUGUCAAUGCGGGCACUGGUCUUGCGGCACUGUGGGUGCUAUUGACGUGUGUAGGCUACAUGCUGUUCCUGAUCUACGCAAUUCGGCCAGUCUUUGUAUGGGUUCUGCGCAGGUCCGGUGCUUUGCAGGAUGGACCAAGCCAGGGCAUCAUUGCUCUUACGCUCAUCAUUGCUCUGGGUUCCGCUUUCUUCACGGGAAUUAUCGGAGUACAUCCUAUUUUCGGAGCAUUUAUGGCGGGCUUGAUCUGCCCUCACGAGGGCGGAUUUGCCAUCAAAGUUGCUGAGAAGAUUGAAGAUUUGAUCGGCGCUCUGUUCCUGCCGUUAUACUUCACACUUUCCGGACUCAACACCAACAUUGGUCUUCUCGACUCUGGGAUCGUUUGGGGUUACGUAUUCGGCGUCAUAGCAGUUGCCUUCUUCUCAAAAUUCAUCGGCGCCACACUCGCAGCUCGAGGGACGAAGAUGCUGUGGCGUGAAUGCUUUGCUAUUGGCUCCUUAAUGAGUUGCAAGGGUCUUGUCGAGUUGAUUGUGCUUAAUAUUGGACUGAACGCCAAAAUUUUGAGCACGCGAACGUUCACCAUAUUUGUUGUCAUGGCGCUUGUUACGACGUUUGCAUCAUCCCCGCUCACUAUGUACUUCUACCCACCUUGGUAUCAGAAGAAGGUAGAGGCUUGGCGCCGCGGCGAGAUCGACUGGGAUACCGGCAGACCUCUGGACGGCACUGAUAGUGUUCCAGACGGCGUCUACUUUGACAAAUUGGCCGCCGAGAAGAUCAGGCGGGUUACAGUAUACCUGCGUUUGGACAGCAUGCCUAACCUGCUUGCUUUCACAUCAUUAUUCGGAGGAUCUCAGAAGCCUGCGCCCAAGGUCCAUCCUUCGAUUGCUGCCAGCACGAGCAAAGAUACUGGCGAGUCAUCACUGGACGAAGUCGCACCCAACCGACCUGUUGAGGCUUACGGUCUGCGCCUGCUCAACUUGACUGAUCGUGGCUCGUCCGUCAUGCAAGUCUCUGAAAUGGAAAGCUACACUGCCUACGAUCCCGUAGUCAACACAUUCCGCGCCUUCGGCCGCCUACACAACCUUGCAGUCAGCGGAGAAGCCCUGGUGGUACCAGAGUCUUCCUUCGCCGACACCCUAGCCACGCGCGCCUCGGACUCGAACCUCCUGCUCCUCCCCUGGAGCGAAACAGGCGGCAUGUCCGAGCAAGCCAUCAUCGAAGACAAAGGCACCAAAAACAAGCUCGCAGCAUCCUCCUACAUCGCCUUCGUAAACUCCACACUCGACGCAUCCAGCAUCCCCGUCGCCGUGCUCGUAAACAAGAGUUUCGGCGGCAGCAAAAACAAAGACCGCAAGCAAAACCUCAAACUCACUCGCACAUACAGCAGCGUCAGUCUGCACGCAGACCAGGCCGUCACAGCGCCCAUUGCAGACCGCAGCCACCACAUCUUCUUCCCCUUCUUCGGCGGCGCAGACGACCGCGCUGCGCUGCGUCUCGUGCUCCAGCUCGCAGAGAACGCGCAGGUCACUGCUACGCUCGUGCACUUCGACGUGCCAGAUUCCUUCCUUGGAAGCCCAACGACAUCCACAUUCUCCUCCGCCGCUAUGCCCAGCAAAGCGGGCGAGACAGUAGUAACCACCACCGAACCAUCUACCCGUGAGCAAGGCGCAGCGUUCUUCGCGUCGCUGAGCGCCUCACUACCAGCAGACCUAGCAAACCGUGUUGUCUUCGAGACUGUUACCUCUGAACAACCUGUCAAAGACGUGAUUGCACGCGCGAGCAUCGAGGUCGGACAGUCGCCGAAGAAUGCAGGGGACUUGAUCGUGCUGGGCAGGAAUAUUAGUAGGAACAAUGCGCUUGGUGCUGAGAACACGGACGAGAUCAGGAGCGCGUCGAGUGCGUCGAGUACGCUGGGUUUGUUGGCUGAGAAGGUGUGGGAAGGGAAGCUUGGUGCGAGUGUGCUGGUUGUUAAGGCUGGGUCUUUGACGAGCUAG